AUGGAUGAGCCUAAAGAAGUAGAAAAUGCCGAUACUGGUGAAUUCCCGGUCACAUUCAAGGAAAAGCUCGUACAUUUCGACAACGUGACGAAUGUAAAACGAGAAAAAUUUGAGGUUAAGGUGCAAAAAAAAAAAUUUGAUAGACUAAAAAGUAGUGUUGAACCGUUAAAGCGAAAGCUAACUAAUAUUACUCGACCAAUUAUAGUAGUGCCUAGAACAGCAAAUCCUAUAUAUGGAAAACUCAGCUUUACAAUUGCGUCAUCUUCUAUGAUAAUAAUAUCGUUUAUAUUUGAAUUAGUCUAUAAUCACAAUUCAUUUAAUGGAAGAUGUAUAUCGCCAAUUGUACACCCUUCUCUAAUAAGUGGAGAUGUUAUUACCAAAAAGCAUCUUCCUUAUAUUGUAAAUAUAGGAUACGGGGCUUGUGAAGUAAAUUUAAACGAUUCUGCUCAUAACAGAGCUUUUAUUGGCAGUGGUACUGUCGAUGAUGGAUGGCCAAUGGUGAAUUUAAAGAAAUAUGAUGGAUCGAAAUCCAGCGGUAGGUUUGAUUCUCCGAACGCAAGAAUUUUUGAAACACUCGGGGGAUUGAAUUCCAAUAAAAUCAGAAAUUACAAAGAGUAUUAUAGAUUAGUUUGGUCAAUGUUUCUCCAUGGAAGUGUAAUUCAUAUGGUAUUUAAUCUCUGCUGUCAAAUACAAUCUCUAUGGAUGAUUGAACCAGACUGGGGGUUUUUUAGAACGGCAGGAUUAUAUUUUGUCAGCGGAAUAUUUGGAAAUUUAUUAUCUGCAAUUUUAGACCCUUGCGGUACAACUGUUGGAUCAUCUGGAGCAAUGUACGGAUUGAUGGGAGCUCUAAUUCCAUAUUGCAUUGAAUAUUGGAAAAUGAUUGCGCGUCCAAAGUUUAUAUUGUCCUUUGUGAUAUCGUUUGUGUUAUUUGGAUUGUUGACUGGGUUGUCUGGUUAUACGGAUAAUUAUACGCAUCUGGGUGGAUUUAUUGCGGGCGUUCUUUGGGGAUUCGGAACAAUCGAUUUGAGGGAUAAAAAUAAGAAAGUGAAAAAACAAUGUAUUGAUGAUAUUGGUAAAGAAAAUAAUUUCAAGGAACGUGUAAUUAAGAGAUUUGUAAAGUAUAAAGAAUUCUGGAAGGGAUCUAGAAAUGAAUGGAUUUUAAGAGCAGUGUGCAUGAGCCUAUUAUUAAUAAUUACAACUAUAUUAUUUAUUAUUAUGGUUAAUGGAAAAAUAUUUGAAAAUUUUGACCCACCAGGGCAAUUAAAAUUUGGAGGAUGGCAAAACUGUUAUUGUUGUAAAAUUAAAAAACAGAAUGCCAGUGGAAUUGACAAAAAGUAUGUAAUCAACAGUGACGGGAUGUCGUGGUGCUUCCACAACCUCUCUGUGGCUAACUACUUUUGUAACCUUAACAAAUAA